UAUACGAGGUCAGAUCUUGUGUGUAAGUCGGCGCAAGUGGAGUGGUACGAGGGGACCGCGCGGCACCGUCUGUUUACCUCCGAUAGUGCCAAGUUCUGCCUUCUCUCGCGCCCCCCCUUUGGCACCCACAGCCCCCGGAACAGUGCCAACCCUACCCCAGUGCCUAAAGUGCCCCUCCAAACCCUGAAACCCUGUAAAAAGUGCUUGGAAACGGUUGAAAUAGGGGUUUGUUAAGGGUUGGGUUAGUGUGAUAUUGGGGUUGCUGUCCGUCUCAACUCUUUCUUUCUUUCUUUCGUGUUUUUUUUUUUAUAUAAAGGAAGAAAGCCAAGGAAUGUGACGUCCUUUUAAAAAGUAAAGCGAGGAGAUGAGAGAAGAGGAGAACCGGAUGGAGGAGGAGGAGGUGAGGUGGAGAUGGAGAAGAGGAGAGGAAAGUGGAGAUGAGGAGACAGAAGAAGGAAGACGAGGAAGAACAGAAAGAAGAGGAAUUGAAGAAGAGGAAGGAGGAAGAAGAGGAGAAAAAGAAGAGGAAAGACUUGUUAAAAGGGAUAUUGAAGAUGACGGAGAGGGAAGAAGAGGAGGAAAAGAAAACAAAGAAGACGAAGAAGAAAAACAAGAAAACAAACACAGAAAAACCGAAACAGCUGCACAAAGAAGACAAACCGUAAAAACAACCACCAAAACAACCAAAACAACUCCUCCGAAACAACCCUUCUUCAUCUCCACCCCAAUCUUAACCAGCCUCAUCUGCCUGACCCUCUUCACAGCAUCACUACCAGCAGCAUCCGGGCAGAGCGUGAUCCAGGCGAGAAGGGACAAGCCAAGCGUAGUCCCAGGUGAAACGCGACCAGGUGUGCCCAGACCAGUUGUGGGGGCAGGUGUGAGGGCAGGGGUGAGAACAGGUGUGGAUCGGGCCGUACCUGUGUGGAGGGGAACACCUCGAAGUCGGCUGAGUCACCUUGAUCCGAGGACCUGGGCUCAUGGGUCCGUGGAUGCGCAUACACUCUUAGGACGAAGGAACCCGCUCCUAGUGGCUACGAGGAGCACCUACACCAUCGUCGCCCCCCGCCUGGCCCGCCCCUCCACCGUGUACCGUGUCGCCGUGGGCAUCUUGAGCGGCGCCGCCCCCGUGGAAGUAACGGCGCAGCUCACCUCCCCCGGGGCCAGCCUCAACCCUGCGAAGGCCACCAUACCCCCGGGACACACCCAGGACCUUCUCAUACAGGUCCCCCACACGUCCAACACACAAAGCUACACGCUGCUCGUAGAGGGACGCCGCGGGCAGACUCUGGUGUUCCGAAACUCUACCGAAGUCGCGGCCACUCCGACCUUUCUCACCAUUCUCAUCCAAUUGUCCAGGGUGGUGUUCAACGGGGGCCAGGACGUGGGUAUCAAGGUCAUUCUCCUCACCACGGAAUCGAAGCCAUAUGAAGAACCGGUAGAUCUCUUCAUCCUGGACCCGCGAGGCCACAUUAUCAAGCGUUGGGUGUCCAGGGCGCCGCGUGUAGGUGUGGUCACGGUGUCGUUCGGCCUCCCUGACCUGCCGGAGAUCGGUUGGUGGCGCGUGAGGGUUUCAGCGCGCGGACAGGAACAGGAGAAGAAAUUUUUGGUCCACAAGAUGUACGAACCGCUCUAUGAGAUGUUCGUGGACCUUCCCUACUACGCCCUAUCCAGCGACGAGGAGAUCACGGGCGUCAUCUCCGGCACGUACACCACGGACAAGCCCGUCUACGGUAACGCCACGCUGACGCUGUACGUGAAGGAGUCCUGGGACGCGCCGGACGAGGACUUCAAAUUCGUCGCCACCUCCGUGUUUGACUAUAUCGACGAGGAGGAGGAAUUCAGCUUCCCCAUGGAGUCUCUGCUGAUGCAUGUGCCCCAGGUGGCAGGCGCCGAGGUGCUGGUGGAGGGGCGCUUCUACGAGGAGUUCUGGUUCAUUGAGACGCGCGCUCACUCCAGGAUGCGCAUUCUCAGCAACCAGGUGGAAGUGAAGUUGGUGGGAGCUGAGCCCUUCGUCUUCAGGCCCGGGAUGCCCUUCAGCGGGACGGUCUCCGUGCAAUACACCGACAGACAGGCACUUGACCCCGAGCGCUUAGAGGAGUCUACCCUUGUCAUCCAGCCCACCGUCACCACGACCUCCAACACCUACAAGCUGCCAGAGAUCAUGAUCCCAGCGCUCGCCGAGGAUACCGAGACACGCGAGAGGGCCUUCAACACCCUUAAACAGGCGCAGUGGGACCGGCUAUGGGGGAGCGGGGGGGUUGCGGAGGACGCGGAGGUGGGGAGCGACGCGUGGGAGAACGAGGUGACGGUCGCUGAGAGGGAGCUAAAGGAUCUUCUCCACGACUAUACGAAGGAUCAGUAUUUUGCGGAGUAUAGGAGCACGGGGAUUUUCAGGUUCAAGGUGGACAUUCCGAAGGAGGCCACGAAGGUUCAGCUUGACAUCACCUACACAGACUCAGAGGACACGGCUUCCACUACGUCCACCAUCUUCACGCACCACAACCCAGGACAGAGGUAUAUCCAGGUGUCCACAAGCACUGACGAGGCGAGGGUGGGAGAGUUCGUGGUUCUUCAUGUAAGGCUGAACUUCCAUGUUGCUGAGUUUGUUUACAUGAUCAUGGCCAAGGGGUUGCUGCUCCACGUGGCCUCGGAGGUGACUGGCGGGGAUGACGUAGUGACCUUGAGCCUGGCAGUGUCCUCGGCCAUGGCACCGCGCUUCACCGUCCUCGUCUACGCAACCGCGAACGACGGGGAGCUUGUGGCGGACGCUCUGACUAUCCCCGUGUCUUUGCUGACUAAUAUGAAGAUCCAGCUCGCCCUCAACCAGCACAAGGAUCACACCAAACGAACUGUAGAGGUCCUUGUAGCGGCCCCUCCCGGCUCUCUCUUCACCCUACAGUGCCAGCGAGGCCUCAACUACAACCGCCAGCACCCUAACGCACUGACAGCCUCGCGCAUCCUGGCCCAGAUGAUGGAGAUGGAGCCCGUGCCCAGGACCAUCCAUGGGGUGCUGCACAGGUCACGGGACGGGUCAACAGCGGACCAGCUCGUGUCACUGAUGGCCCCGAGCGAUGGGAAGGACGUCCGACAAACCUUCCAGGACGCUGCGCUGGUCCUCCUCACCGACGCAGACCUGGCCCUGGCGCCUCGGACAGAUCACCCAUGUGCCAUCUCCGCGGGCUUUCUGGAGUGCGGGGACGGGAGUUGUUACCGUCACGAGCAGCUGUGUGACGGGCGCAAGGAGUGUGACAACGGGGCAGACGAACUGGGAUGUGAGAAGCUCUAUCAAGACUUCCCCAAGGACCAUGACAAGCAGACAGACCACCUCGCUCUCACCUCGGACUCGCUGUACCGAAUCCUGAGGAGUCAAUUCAUCGAAGACAUAUUUGACGAGGACGACAUUGAGUGGUGCCUGACGGACAUAUACGUGGGUCACCGUGGGAAGGAGGAGGUUCAGCGGGAGGUGGUCAAGACAGCUGAGGAGUGGUUUGUUGAUGCCUACGCCCUGCACCCGGAACAUGGGAUCGCCUUCAUCAGCCAACCCAUUGAUUUCCUCAGUGACCCUCCCUUCUACAUCUUCGUCGAGGGCCCAGAAACCUGCAGAAGAGGCGAACAGAUCUCCAUCCGUGUCCUGGCCUACAACAUGGUGGAAACAACACUGCAGGCUGUUCUCAUCCUUCAAGACAGUGACGAUUACAUGUUCGUACACGUUGAGAAGGACGGGGAUGUACAGCACUUCAGGCCGAGGCUCUCCAGUGGGCAGCACCAACAUCUAAUUAUCAUACCCCCCGGAGGCAACGUGGAGGUCCUGUUCCCCUUGGCCGUGACCCGACAGUCCGGCACCAUGGAGGUCACCAUCGACGCGAUGACCCAGGUCAUGCGCGACUCGGAGACUUGGGAGGUGGAGGUCAAGCCUGAAGGUGUCCCUGUCCGCAAGCACACCUCUCUCGUUCUUGACCUCCGUAACCGCGCUUUGCUGUACGAAUUCCUGGACGUUCCCAUCGACGAAAGCCCCAUCAUCCCCUUCAGUAUCCUACGGCGGUUCCUCUUCGGCUCCCCCCAGGCUAGGGUGUCCGUGACGGGUGAUGUGUUCGGCCCCACCCCAGAGAGCCUGACGGUGGACCAUACGGAGGUGUUUGGCGGACGUGUUCUGAGGAGCACCGACGGAGUGGCAUUCAACUUUGGGGCCACGCUCUGGACUCUCCAUUACCUGCGUCUCACUAACCAGCUGGUCACUACCGACGCGCUGGACGCCUUCGACUACCUCACACAGCAGCUGGCGGGGCUUCUGUGGCGCUACCAGGAAGGGGGGUACAGCAUGUGGGCCAACGGAACCCAAAACGUGUGGUUGACGGCCAAGGUGACGGGCCUCCUCCUCUCGGCCCAACACGAGGACUGGGAAAACUUUUUGUAUGUUGACCCGCACAUCAUCCAGGGGUCUGUGCGCUUCCUCCUCAGCCGCCAGUUUCAGGAUGGGGGCUUCACGGAGAUGGAUGACGUGCCGCUGGAUGGCAAGCUGAAGAACACUGUUGGUGAGCAGCCCUCCUCCACCUCCUCCUCCUCCACCCCCACCUCCUCCGUACCCCUGACAGCCCUCGUAGCACUGGUCCUGCACAACAGCCUCCCCUUCCUGCAAGGCGUGACACACUCCAGGGCUGUGGCUGCAAGGGCGCGGGCUUCAAAGUACCUGGACUACCAAUUAGCGAACAUUGAUGACGUGUACCACCUGGCCAUCACCACCUACGCCCUCACCACCCUCGGCAACCCCUCGGCGGACACUGCGGCGGCGAGGCUGUACAGGAUGAGACGGUACCAAGGCGACAUGGCAUACUGGGCACGCACUCGCAUAACCACACACGCACGGCGGCAGGAGAACAGCCAGCGCGCCUUCUUACUCCCUCGUGAGCCGGACAAGUGGGAUGCACAUGCUGUCGAGGCCACGAGCUACGGCCUCUUGGUGCUGCUGACGAGGGAGGGCGUGACGGGCAACAGCGAGCAGGUCAUGAGGUGGCUGAAUGCGGUGCGGGACUGGGAUUUUGCCUUUGUGUCCACGCCGGACACAGUGGUGGCUAUGCAGGCGCUGGCAGAGUACUCCUACCGUGCGCGCCUCAGAGACGUGACCAACAUUGCCUGCACCUUGGAAGCCACCUCGCAGCCCCUCGAGCUCAUGCAGUUCACCAUCACCAACGAGUCACUCUCCACCUACCACUCCUUUGAGCUGGACAAUGUGUGGGGUCAUGUCAACCUGCUGGUGAAGGGGUCGGGUCAGGCAGUGGCGCAGCUGGAGACCUCUUGGGGAGUGGACGUCCUGAGCUUCAUCGAGCAGCCCAACAAGAAGUACUUUGAGCUGAGUGUGUGGGAGAAAUAUCACCAGUACCGGAACAAAUCUAUUAUUACCACGACGGUGUGUGCAAAGUGGGUGGCUACAGAGGAUGGCAACGUCAGCAGCGCGGCGCUCAUCGAGAUUGAGGUUCCGACAGGCUACAUGAUUCUGCAGCCCAUCGCCGAGGAGACGCUGGCCUCCGUACAGCGCGCCGGAAUCUUCCCACAGCUCAAGAAUGUUCACGUCACCAAAACCAUGACCUUCUGGCAGUUUGACUAUAUCCCGUCCCAUGCCAGCCAGUGCUUCACCUAUGAGCUGCGUCGCUGGUACCCGGCUGCCAACCUCACUGCCGUCCGCGCCGCCACCAUCAUGGAGCUGUUUGCGCCAGAGCAUUUCGAGAUGGUGAUGAUCAACGCAACUCCGCUCGCCCUCCUGGACAUAUGCGAGGUCUGCGGCUCCUACCAAUGUCCGUAUUGCCCCAUCUACAGCGGCGCCCCCCACACCGCCCCCCCGCCCCCCCCUCACCUCUGGCUACUCCUGGUGGUGGUCCUGGUGCCCCUGUUGGUGGACUUGGUUAGUUCGUUCGUUGGUUUUUCCUCGUUUUCUUCGUUUUCUUCGUUUUCGUUCUCGUGGUUCUGGAUCCGUUUUUGUUUUUUUUUUUUUUUUUUUUUUUUUUCCCAGACACAGCACAUCCCCCCACCUGAAGUGAACUCCCUCAGCAGCAAAGUGUGCGACACCACAAACAUUAUUGCCGAUACGGGCUGA